AUGUUACAAUUUCUCUUCCCACCAAAAUUAUCAUUGGCGAAAUCCCUCGUUUUCCUGACUCUGAGUAAAAUUUUGCCGACAGUUUGCGCUACAGGCUCUACCCCACCAGAAACCAUCGUAGGAACAAACGCUGCGGGAGUUAGUACUGCAUUACUCAUCGAUCGUGAUCCUGCUCUAUACACAGGUAACUUUGGUGAUUGUAUGGGGGGACAAAGCUUAAUAAAUUUGACUUCUUUCGAUGCUGCCUACUAUGCCGAUAAUAUGACUGUCUUAUUUAAUAUGGCAGGGACGACAAGCCUUCGAAACGAGACACUAAUGUUAUAUAUUUCCGUCGAAGCGUAUGGAGAAAACCGCUUUAAUAUGGUAUUCAAUCCAUGCAAUGCUAAUUUUGGAAGUCUUUGUCCACUGAACAGUAGUAUACCCAUUCGAGGCCAAGCACUAAUUCCAGUAUCCAGCUCCGAUGUUGCUGGUAUCCCGAGUAUUGCAUUGAAUAUUCCUGAUUUUGAAGGCUCUGCUAUUCUUCGAGUUUUCUCAAAUUCAUCUCAGGCCCAAAUAGCUUGCUUUUCGGCAGUUAUGAGAAAUGGAGCGAGUCUCUCGCAUCCCGCUGCAGUCGGGUCAAUUCUUGGAGUUUUCACACUUGUCGCAAUUAUAGCAUCAUUCUCAACUGCAAUCUAUGGGCUUCAUAUCCCCAGCAUAAGAACACACUAUGCACAUUCGCUCUCUGUGCUAGUAAUAGCUGAAACAUUUCAUUCGAUAUUUUUCUCUGGGGCUCUCUCUCUUAAUUGGCCUAGUGUUUUAACUGCCUGGUGGAGUAAUUUUGCCUGGACUUCUGGCAUGGUUCAUGCUCCAAUAAUCAUAAAAUCACUGAACAAUUUCGCUGGAAUAUCUGGGAAUUCAAGUCAAGCUGGCGGAGCUGGGUCAACAAUUCUCAACAAUAACGGCGGCCUUCAACAACAGAUUUAUGGACGGUCGCUAUCUGAAACCACCACAACACUUGUCAAAAAAAGUCAAGAAAUUACUCACCAUCUAUAUCGUAGGAACAAUGAAAACCAAACUGACGCGAAGCUAUACGAAUGGGCAGGUGUUCCCGUCUAUCCAGGGCUCCCUCUCCCAGGAAACUGGUCAGGCUUCCCAGGAGAGCUGUCUAUGGUAGGUGUGCCUGCCGCCGAUGCAUUUCUGAAUGGUUUUAUUUGGCUCCUUAUCCUACUUCUAGUCAUCAGUGUAACUCUAGCUUUGCUCAAAUACUCAAUUGAAGCAUUAAGUGCUGUAAAGGCUAUUUCAGAAGAUAGCCUAAAGUUGUUUCGUACCUAUUGGCUUGGGUUUCUUGGACUAGCACUCCUUCGAGCAAGUUUAAUCUCAUUCUUCAUGAUAAUGACCCUCUCUCUCCAUCAAUUUUCCUAUGGUGGAAAUACUGGAUCGAUCGCAUUAUCUGCAAUAAUCUUCAUGGUUUUCUUUGCCGGUACUCUAGCUAUUUGCUUUCAUGCCUGUUUCUAUCGUAUGCGGUCUUGUCAGUACAUCCAUACAUCUGAAAGCGUCCAACUUAAAAAAAGGGCUCUAUCAAAACUAUUACCUCCAGCUUGUCCCGGUAAAAAGCCAACCAGCAAGGAAAAUGGGAAUCUCCAGCCCGUAGACCCGGGUUCAUUCAAACAACUAAAGUCUAUCAGUGAAGACAACAUCGAAAAUCAAAAUGUACAUCUAGAUAUUGAAUAUAUCAAACUAUAUGGAUGGUUGUCGGCUAGAUAUAGGCGAACCAGAUGGUGGUUCUUUGUGCUAUGGGUUGUUUAUCAAUUUGUUCGCGCAUGUUUUGUUGGAGGUGCUCGUGGAAGCCCUGCAACACAGGUAAUUGGUCUCUUUGUUUGGGAAAUUGCCGCUUUCAUUUUGAUAAUCAUUGUCAAACCCUUUGAAGGGGCUAGAAACACGGCACUUGCAGUAUGGACUCUCGGAAUCAGUAAAGUGGCUACCUCUGGGCUCUCAAUUGCUUUUUUACCUCAUCUAAAACUUACCAGAAUUGCGACGACAGUCAUUGGAAUUAUCAUAGUUAUUAUUCAAGGAUUUAUGGUACUAGAGCUCUUGAUUCUAAUUAUACUAGGAGCUAUAUCAAGCUACAUUUCUGUGACGCGGGACCGGAAGGUAUUUAAGCCAGAGAGACUGAAGGACAUUCGUCAGAAAUACUUCGAUCAUCUUGCAGAGAAAGAAAGGGACAUCCCUCUUCCACCGCCUCCACAGCCGGAACAACCAAAGGAGCCUUACUUUAGCGUCAACACUGUGCGUCGUGCUCCAAAAAUCGAAGAUGAAAAUCUAAGUCUCCAUUCGAGUCUUUACCAUGGCAAUAAUUCGUUAACUUCUCUUACACGAUAUGAUCAGAUCAAUCGCCCAUUCAGCAGAACCGUUAGUGUAGCUGGAAGCGUGCAAAGUCAUUAUUCUAGGUAUAGCACUAUGCCCCUGGGAACACGUGCCCACAACGCUAGCUGGGGCUCACGAGAUUUCAAAGAAUGGCAUCCGAACGACGCUAGCCGAGUCCACACACCAGCAAUUAUAGAGGGCGGUAACAAUACAUAUAAUAGCUCAAUACCGAUGGCCCUAUUAGUCCGACCUUCUGCUUCUAUCGGUAGCUUAAAGCUGGUGUCGCCAUCAGUUGAGCAGCAAAAACAAUACGCAAGCCAACGGACAAAUAGCAUAUCGAAUAGAUAA